AUGCUCUCCACAGCCAUGGGCCCGUGCGUUUGGGGUUCGAUCUUCUUCCUGGUGAUCUCAUUGCCUUCGGGGAAUUGUUUCUACGGCAAUGAUGGCAUUAAAAUUCGAACUUGCACAGCCCUGGAUGGUUUAUGUUUCUUCGGGUGUAAAUCAGGAUGGACGUGGGUUGCAUUCUGCCACAACAUGAUGUCUUGUUGUAUAAAACAGACAAAAUUUAUUCCUCCCCAAGCCAACAGAAGGUGA